AUGGAGUCAUUACCCUCAGAACCUCGUCCUAGUAUGGGAGAGCUGAAAAAGGAUGCUCUUAAGUUAAGGCGUACCUUCUAUCACGAAGAAGGACUGUCAGGCCGGAAGGCCUGCCGGGGGCGGGGAGAGCACCGGCCCCAGCGCCUGAGGGGAGGGCGAGUCUCAUCGACCCGCUCGCACCGGUCAGAAGCUCUAAGGCCACGAUCGCGGGCGCUGCUGUCAAGACCUGCCCGGUCCCCGACCCCACCUGAGGCGCUUGCCUUCGUCUCCCGCUUCCCGGGAAGAGCCCCCAGCUCCCCUCUCCCACCGCCUCCUCCCUUACCCGCCGCUACGCGGGGCGGUAACGACGGACAGCCCCGGCAGCGAGCGCCUCAGCCCCGCGCCGCCGGGAGCGGAGGGCGGCUCAGCCCCUCGGGGCUUUGUCUCCCGACGCUGGUGGUCCAGCAGCGCGGCGUGCGCCUCUGCGACGGGGAGGAGAAGGUGAAAUUUGAUAGUGGAGUAUUACUGCUUAGCACACACAGACUAAUCUGGAGGGAUCAGAAGAAUCAUGAGUGCUGCAUUGCUAUACCUCUGUCUCAGAUCGUCUUUAUUGAAGAGCAAGCAGCUGGGAUAGGAAAAAGUGCCAAAAUAGUAGUUCAUCUUCAUCCUGCUUCUUCAAACAAAGAGCCUGGUCCAUUCCAAAGCAGCAAGUAUUCCUACAUCAAACUUUCUUUCAAAGAACAUGGGCAGAUUGAGUUCUAUAGACGAUUAUCAGAAGAAAUCACACAAAGGAGAUGGGAGAACAUGCCUACUGGUCAGACCAUUCAAGUUAACAAGGAUCCACGGGCAGGAAGAAUAAGGGCUGUAGGAAUUGUAGGGAUCGAGAGGAAAUUAGAGGAAAAAAGAAAAGAGACAGACAAAAACAUUUCCGAGGCUUUUGAGGAUCUUAGCAAACUAAUGGAGAAGGCUAAGGAAAUGGUGGAGUUAUCCAAGUCAAUAGCUAAUAAGAUUAAAGAAAAACAAGGUGACAUCACUGAGGAUGAGACUAUUAGGUUCAAGUCCUAUCUACUGAGUAUGGGUAUAGCUAAUCCAGUUACCAGGGAAACAUAUGGAUCUGGUACACAUUACCACAUGCAACUGGCGAAGCAACUAGCUGGAAUGCUGCAGACACCAUUAGAGGAGCGAGGAGGGAUCAUGUCGCUUACAGAAGUGUACUGCCUGGUAAAUCGCGCACGAGGAUUAGAGUUGCUGUCACCAGAAGAUUUAGUAAAUGCUUGUAAGAUGCUGGAGUCACUGAAAUUACCACUAAGGCUUCGGAUAUUUGACAGUGGUGUGAUGGUGAUUGAACUCCAGUCUCAUAACGAAGAGGAAAUGGUAGCUUCUGCUUUAGAGACAGUAUCUGAAAAGGGUUCUCUGACAGCUGACGAGUUUGCUAAGCUGGUGGGGAUGUCUGUUCUCUUAGCCAAAGAAAGGCUGCUUCUUGCUGAAAAGAUGGGCCAUCUUUGCAGAGAUGAUUCAGUGGAAGGCUUGAGAUUCUACCCAAAUUUAUUUCUGACACAAAGCUAAUGUAGUUUCUGUACAAUUUGUUACGUAACAGUUGAACAAGAAAGCAGAGGGCAGAACCCUUCCAACAACUGACUUUAAAAUUUUUAUUUUGUUAGUCAGCUGCGACAGUGAUGAACAUUGCAACGCGUUACAGUUCUCAGGUAUUUCAAGCGCUGAAUCCUCGUACGCGGAACUGAAAGGAAAUAGGAAUCAUUAAGUCAGAAGC